UCUCUCAGAAAUUUGAAAUGCUUCUCUCUCUAUUAAUAUCCAAAAGUUCCUCUUUUGAAAAUGUUUUCUUGAACAACGAACCUCUUUCUCUUAUCUAUUAACAAGAGAGAGCGUUUAGCAAUUAAUUACCCAUUACCCAUUCUAUACUGAAUUCAAAUUCCGUGCUUUCACCAUUUCUGCAACUUUUUUUUUCUCUCUGUUUCAUUGGGUCACCCAGAAAAAACAGCCAUGGGAGGCUGUUUAAGCAGGAAAAAUGGGCCUUCUUCUUCUUCUUCUUCUUCUUCUUCUUUGAAUGUUGCAGCUACCAUUGCCUCUGCUGCAGCUAAAGAACCAGUAGGAGAUGCGGAGGUGGUAAAGAUCAAGAGAAAGGUCGUUCAGGAAGAGCAAGUGAAAAAUAAAGUAGAAGUAGAAGAUGAAGGGAUAGUGAAGAAGGAGGUUUUUGUUAUAAAACAUAGAAAGAGCCAUGAUAGAGAAAAACCCUCCAUUCCUUGUCAAAAAGAUGUGCCUAUUGCUGUAGAAGAAAAAAGCACUAAUCCUAGCGAUUGCUCUGUUGAUGUUGAAAUUAACAACAAUGUUGGUAGUAAUACUAGUAUGGUGGUGAGGACUUCAAGCUGUACUAAAGAAGAAGUAGAUGCUAUUCUUAUACAAUGUGGUAGGCUUAGCCGGAGUAAUUCUUCCGGCAAGGUUGCCUCUUCUGGUAGGAAGUACUCCGGCUCGAAAAGAAGCUAUGAUUUGGAUCAAGAUCAAGAUUCGGAGGAUGUUAAUGUUAAUGCUAAUGCUAGUUAUGAUUAUAAGAAGAGAGAUUCCAAUGAUAUUGAUGAUGAUGAUUGUGAGAUAGCAGAGCGAAGACAACAUCGCCAGCGGCAUCGUAAUUCAGGUGGUAGGCCUUCUCCUUCUUCAUCUUCACAAGGAAGGAGAAGGACACCCAGUAGGGAAAGAGACCAGAGGUCUGGUAGCAGAGAAAGAGGCAGUAGCAAUAGUGGGAGAAGAGUGAGUCGAUCUCCAGGUAGAAGAUCAGAAACCAAUAGUGGUACUGCAAAUUCGAAUGCUACUACCAAUGUUAACAAUUCAUCUUCUACUACAAAUAGGCCUGGAAAGAUGGUUUCAGUUCCUGCUACUGUUUCUUCUUUAACAAUGGAUAAAAGCAACAACAAUAAUGGCGUUGAGGCCCAAACAGGUUCAACUGCCGUUAAAAGGAUCUCUGUAAAGAGAAAUGUUGGAGAGGCAGGGGCAAGAACUGCUGCAUCGCCUCGCUCAAAGUCCCCGGCGAGAACAAACGGUAGGAGUUCUAAUGAGAAUAAUCAGCAGCAGCCAUCACUUAGUCGGAGUUCUUCAAGAAAAGCAGAGCAAUCUCCUUGUAGGAGAAACCCAUUAAGUGAAAUUGAUCCAAACUCUCUCAUGUAUUCACAAGCAACUGGCAAUAACAAAAGCAACAAUAGCACAAGCAGAGUUCAAACUAGAAACAAAGAAAUGGAAGGACAAGCAGUGGAGAAAGAAUCAAUCAAUCAGGUUCAAAUGCAGAAAACAAUUUCUGAGACAAACAGACAGGGUGCUCAUGGGACUAAUUGCAAAGUGAUCAGCAAUUUUGUGAGAGAGCCACAAGUCCUUGGAGAAGAGGCUAAACCCCAAGCACUAACAAGAAGUAGGUCAGCAAGGAGAUCUAGAGAUCUAGACUUCAAUCCUGAAACUUUAUUGAAUCCCACAGCCCCAUCAUACACUGCAUUAUUACUUGAAGACAUACAAAAUUUUCACCAAAAGAACACCACCUCCACCACCACCAACGCCCCCACUGCCACAGCCGCCACAGCCACCAUCCCUUCCUUUACAGUUCCAGGAUGUGUAACAAAGGCCUGCUCCAUUCUUGAAGCAGUUGCUGAUCUAAAUUCCACUACAAGUUCCAAUAUUUCAUGUGAAGACAAAAGAAGCUCCAAUCUUAUUGGAAAGAAACUAACUGAAGCUAAAGACCCUUUUGUAGAAUCUGAAGUAAUAGUAAGUGAUGAUCUAAUGGAACCAAGCUUACACAAAUAUGUUACAGUAAGGAGAGGAGGCACAUCAUCAGUUACAGCAGCAGAAGAUAUGGAUGGACAAGAAUCCUCAGGCAGCAAUAGCUAUGUAGGAGGUGGUGGUAGCCAACAGCAGUGGGGAUAUUACUCUGGUUCUUCUUCAUGGGAACCCAACUCGGCCGAGUCAACUGAUCGUUGGACUACAAGAUCAAACACUAAAGAAGAGGAUGAUGGUAUUAAGGAAGAGGUUGCUGCUAGGAAAGGAUUUAGUGGACAGAGAACUGGUAUUGGGCGUGGUAGAGUUGGUUCUAACAAAAAUCUUCACCCAUCUAGUACUAGUCAUAUUGUUGCUUCAAUAUGAGAUAAUGAGUGAAAAAUUUGGUUAUUUGAUUAUAGUUCUUUUUUGUUCUUUCAAUCCCACUGAUUUGUGGUUUUCUAGUUGUAAACAUUUGUAGUUGUUUGAUUUGAUGGUUGCUAGCUAGCAACCUCUUCUUUUCUUGUUUAAUUGAAUCUAUCAUCAUUUUAUAGUUUCUUUUU